CGGGUAAGGUCGCGGUCGCGAGGAGGAGAAAAGGCAAACCGACUGACAUGUUAGCUUCGAGGCUGUUGAAAUGUGGUGCACUGCUUCAGGGCUGUCGGCAUUUCCAUCGAAGUCCACAUUCCAUGAUCCCCCUCAUUCCUAUUGUUGUUGAGCAGACGGGCAGGGGAGAACGAGCAUAUGAUAUAUACUCCAGACUCCUUCGAGAAAGAAUCAUAUGUGUGAUGGGUCCUAUUGAUGACUCCGUUGCCAGCUUGGUAAUUGCUCAGCUCCUGUUUCUUCAGUCAGAGAGUAACAAAAAACCCAUUCACAUGUACAUCAAUAGUCCUGGGGGUGUGGUGACCGCAGGGUUAGCUAUCUAUGACACCAUGCAGUAUAUUCUGAACCCAAUUUCAACAUGGUGUGUCGGUCAGGCUGCCAGCAUGGGGUCCCUGUUGCUGGCCGCAGGCUCUGCGAGCAUGAGGCAUUCACUUCCAAACGCCAGGAUCAUGAUACACCAGCCUUCUGGUGGUGCACGGGGUCAGGCAACAGACAUUGCCAUUCAGGCUGAGGAGAUCCUGAAACUCAAGAGACAGAUUAAUGGCUUAUAUGCCAAGCACACACGUCAGCCACUUGAGGUCAUAGAGGCUGCAAUGGAACGGGACAGGUACAUGAGCCCCAUGGAGGCCCAGGAUUUUGGGAUCAUUGACAAAGUGUUGGUUCAUCCACCACAGGCUGGGGAAGAUGAACCGGAGUUGGUGAAAAAAGAAACGGCAGCAGAAACAUUGUCAACUUCACCGUCUUUAUCGUCAGCAUCAGUGCCUUUACCCUCUUCUAAACAAGAGCCGUGAUCUUUCAGCUGUGUGAACACUGGAAUUCUUACUUACAACAUAACAGACUCUGUGUACUUUGUUGAAAACACAAAACCAAGACAAAUCAUUGGACAUCAACUUACAGUUUGUUGAACCUUUAAUGAUUUAUGAGGAAUAUUUCUACUCCUUACGACAGAUGCACACCCAGUCUUAACUGCAGUCUGUGCAUUUCUCAGUAAACUGUAACUUAUUGGUCAGAUUGAGGACUAGAGGUGCAAAGCCCAUUUUUCUUAAGAAUAAAGCUGUCUCAG